AUGUUUAAACUCUUGUUGUUGAUUUUUUCUAUAAGGGCUAGUCAUAGAUUUGAAUAAGGGUUGAUCACUCAUUUUAGUUACCUUGCGAACCCUAAUUUAGUUUUAUUUUUGAGUUCAACCUAAUUUAGAUCUGAAGAAUUUUAUAUUCCUUUUUAAAAAUAAUUCAGCUAAGUGCCUAAUGUUUACUUAAACAUUUAUAAACUCGAUUUAAGUUAUGUAUUUCCUUAAGGAUAUUCAUUAGAAAUAACUAGUAUCACCACAGCUGGUAAUAUCUCCUAAUUAUAAUUUUAGGUUUCAAAGUUAAAAUAAUCUGUGAGAGUACAGCUUAAUUUUUUUAAGUUGAGUUCAAUUGGUUUGCAUUUAAUGAUGACAGAGUCAAAGUCAUAAAUAAUUUUAACAUAAUUAAUCCCUAAACUUAAUACAUCCAUUCUUACGAAAAGAAUUGUUAUAUAAAUAUUGCUUUCUCUAAUUUUGUUAGCUACUAUGCUUUAGAAUCUUAAGAAAAUUAUUAAACAGUAUAAAAAUAUUUAAUUUAGGGAUUAACUUUGACACCAGAUACUAUUACUAUAAGCUUUUCAUUCCAAGGCCUUUAAUCAUUUGGUUAUUAAAUAUUAUUGAGUAAUUCUGACAUUUUUUUAAUUGGCCCCUCAAUAAUAAGCAUUUAACCUAAUGGUUCGAGUCAAGUUGUCAAUUUUCCUGCCGGAUGGAUUACAUAAAAUUGUUUUUUAAAUCUUUUAGGGUUUAAACAUGUUGGAACUAUUAAUAUUAGAUUAUUCACUCAAAUAACAUAUUUCUCUUCAGUUAGUGUUGGGAUUUAUCCUUGUAAUCAAUUUAUAAUAUCUUAGGGGCUGACUCUAUUAUUUAUUCAAUUUAAUAUAAUUAUUUCUGUAUUCAUGAUAUUUAAUUUAAACUGGCUAAAUUUGAUGGUUUUAUGUAAUCUCAAUUUUUUGAUCCAAAUAACUAAAUAGAUACUCAUAUUGAAAUAAAGGAAAUAAACUACUCUUAAAAUCAAAUUUAUACAGAGGAAAUCAUUAUAGCACAAUCUAUUGAAUCGAUUACAAUUAUUUUCUAUUGGUAAUGUCUAGAUUAGGAAAUAUUAAAGAUUUAAUUAUUUUGUCCAGAAUAAUGGUGUUCUUAAACUAUAAUCAAAUGUAAAAUCAAAAAAUUCAUACCGUCAGAUUAUCAGCAAAGUUUUUGCUCAAUUAAGAUUAAUUGCAAUUCAUAACAAUAGCUAAAACCUAAGUUUCAUUAUCUGCAACCUAAGUAAUAAAGUUAGCUAAUGAAUAUGAAUAAGAGUUAUUCAAAUUAGAAAAAGUAACAUGAGCUGUUUAAUUUUCUAUUUUAAAUAUCAUUAUUAUUUUUUUAUUAUUAAUUUGAAAUUCAAUAUUACAAAAUAGUUAAUUUUGAAAAGGAUUUCACAAAAUACAUUUGA